AUGUUCAGUUAUCAUAGUGACCCAUGCGGCUCGCGACCAACAAAACGUUUAGUGUUAUCCGCAAUAGCCAAAAUUUAUGACCCACUCGGAGCCUUAUCACCCAUUACCUUUUGGGCUAAGUGCUUCAUGCAACUUUUAUGGAGAAAUGGAUAUGACUGGGACCAAUCAAUCCCCGACGACUUGGCUGUCUCAUGGAAUUCAUUCUCUACACAGUUGCCUUCGGUUUCACGAGUUAAACUCAGGAGACAUAUUCCUAUUGAGCAGUGUACUGAAGCUCAACUAAUAGGUUUUUCCGAUGCAUCCAAAAGGGGCUAUUCUGCGGUCGUGAACAUGCGAUUGUCAUAUGGGGCAGGAUCCGGCACUGUACAUUUACUUACAGCAAGAUCGAAGGUUGCGCCGUUAAAGAACAGUCGAUUGGACGAGUCGCUUUCGGUUCCAAGGCUGGAAUUAUGUGGGGCAUUGCUAUUAGCUCAAACACUACGUCGUGUACAUUCGAAUCUAUCGUCAAUCAUCCACAUAUCGUCCAUUCGUGCAUGGACAGACUCGACAACAACAACUUGUACCAGACACCGAGCAUCAAUGGUCAAAACUUUGAUGGGGGACCUUCUAUCCCCGCGAGUGUGCCCAUCUAAGCCCUUCUCCAACUUUGGUGUAGAUUAUGCAGGACCGUUAUUGGUCAAAGAAAGUAAGCGUCGGAACGCACGAUCUACAAAAUGUUAUGUGGCGAUCUUUAUUUGCAUGGCGGUAAAAGCGGUUCACAUCGAAGUGGUCUCUGAUCUCACAACUCCGGCAUUCCUUGCGUCAUUACAACGUUUUGUGGCACGUCGAGGAAUACCGUCAGAAAUAUAUUUAGACUGUGGUACUAACUUCCAAGGUGCUGAGUCUGAACUGCGUCGGUUGUGGUCAGAUCCUGUAGCACAAAACACCUUUUCCAAUGCCAUUCCAUGUCGGUGGCACUUCAACCCACCAGCUGCUCCCCACUUCAGGGGAUUGUGGGAGGCAGCUGUUAGGUCCAUGAAACACCAUCUGAAGCAAGUAAUUGGCUCCCAAGUUUUAACGUUCGAAGAAAUGAGCACCAUAACUCACCGAAUAGAAGCUAUACUAAACUCGCGACCAAUCACACCUCUUUCGUCUGAUCCGAACGAUUUACAAGCGUUAACACCCGGUCACUUUCUCAUAGGUGCGCCCCUCGUCGCGCUGCCUGAUUCCGACGUGACGCAAAUUCCGAUGAACCGUCUCCACCGAUGGCAGCUGUUGGAUCAAUUCCAUCAAUCGUUGUGGAAACACUGGUCGAUAGAUUACUUGCGGUCGUUAAAAGUUUGA